AUGAUGGACUACGCCAGGACCAGCAUCGGCAACGUGGACACGGCCGACAGCAACUGCAACAAUAGACCCUUCCAAAAUGAAUCAAACUAUGACAAAACAAGAUUGAUCAUAAAAAAUGUCCCAAAGUAUAUGAACGAAAUGGAUUUAAAAAAACACUUUUUUAAAAUGAAAGGGAAUUAUGAAUUUAAAAUAACAGAUAUAAAAAUUAUGAAGAGAAAAAAACUUGUCAAAAAUAAAGAAUUUUUUGAGUCCAGAAAAAUUUGCUUCAUAGGUUUUAUUAACAACACAGAUUGUGAAAAUUUUAAAAAAUCUUUUAAUAACACCUACAUUAAUACUAGCAAAAUUGUCGUUGAAGAUGCCUUUUCUCCACUUAUUUCCAAAAAUGCACAGCAGAGCAGAAACGCCAGUUCGUAUGCCCUUAAACGUAUAGCGGACAUACAAAAAAUGAAGAAAGACAAGUCUGUGCAAAUUGUAAAAAAUGAAAAUGUUGUCAACAAAACCAUACCCAUCAAGAAAACCAAAGCCGGGAUGAGCACCACAAGGAGCCACGUCAUAUUCUUAGAUGAGCAACCGGAUCAAGGGGAUGUUGGGGAGGAUGACAAGAAGCAGAAGAUGAAGAAAAAGAAGAAGAAAAAAAAGAAAACACAAAUGGAAGGAGAUAACUCUGAGAGUGGGGAAACCCCCUGCGAACGGUUGGAACCAGCGGAGAAGGCACGCACAGCUGAUGCUGAGGGGUACAUUGAUGAGGAAGGCAAUAGGGAUGAUGCUGCCCAUGCUGAUACAAGCGAUGGCGCGCAAAGUGACGUAGAAAAGGAAGAGGAAGAGGAGGAAAAGGCCCUAGAUUGGCUGAAAAAAAUCUCGAAAGGGGAGGAAAGUGAUAAAAAUGUCCACUGCGACAAAAAUGACCAGAAAGAUCAAAGUGCCCAAAAGAAUCGUCUAUUCGAGGACGACACGAGUACAGCGAGCAAUCUGUCCAGCGACGAAAAGGAAGGAAAAAAAAAAACGGAUAAUGCCCUGGACGAGGAGGAUGAUGAAAAUAUGAACACCGGGAAAAUUAUUAUCUUUAACAUGCCUCCCGUAAACGAACUGGACGUAAAGAAUCUGUGCGAAAGAUUUGGCCCCGUCGUCGAUGUGAAGGUCUUUAAGAAUGUAAAAAAAGGAGCAGUUGCCCUAAAUUUGAAUGAGAAAAAAAACAACAAAUCUAGUGAUGACUUUUUUAUAAAACUGUUGAAGGAAAACCACGACUCGUUUGUAAACGAAAAGGAGAGGGAAAAAAAGAAAAAAAAAAAAAAGUUGGAUGAAGCUGACAGUGGUAUGAUGAAAAGGGAAGACACAGAAAUAGCCGAUGGGGAGUGUGCAGAUUGGAAAAAUAAAGACGGAAGCAACAGAAACGAGUCUAUCGUCAACAGUGACCUUACAAAUGUAAAGGUAUACGCCUUCGUCAAUUUUAUGUUCCCCAGCGCCUGCGAGCGAGCCAAGCAUUUCUUAAACAAUGCCAUUUUUAGGGGAAAAGUAUUAAGCGUUAAAUAUGCUAAAGAAAAAUUGGGAGACUAUGAAUAUGCAGAUAAAGGAAAAAAUAAUGUGUUCAUUAAAUUAUCUCAUGAUUCAAAAACAUCAUAUAAGAAAAUAUUGGAAAUUCAAAAAAAGAGGAACUGCCAAAAUGAAAACAUUUGGAAUAUUCUCUACACAGACAUAAACUCGAGCAUUCACAGUUUCUGCAAGGAAAAUAAAUGUAGCCCCAAUUCUAUACUAAAUAUAAAGGACAGGAAUAUUGCCGUUAAUGUUUCCCUAACGGAGACAUACAUAAUUAACAAAAUGAAGGAGUGGAUAAAGAAGGAAGGGAUUUACUUGGAGGCUUUCGAGCAGAUAUAUAAAAAGAAGGACGAGGGUGGAGAACCGAGUGGAGAAACGGAAAAAAAAGCGGACGGAGAUAACCCUUCUGGGGAGGAACCCAGCCGUGUGAAUCAAAUUGUGAAGUACAAACGGAGUGAUGAUACCAUAAUAGUAAAGAAUUUGUGCAUUCAAACAAACCAAAAGGAAGUAAUAAGCCUUUUUAAGAAGUAUGGUGUGUUGAGCAAAGUUAGUUUUUCCCCCUAUAACAAUAUAGCCAUACUGCAGUUCGAAAAAGCAGAAAACGCCAAAAAGGCCUUCAUAUCGAACUCGUACAUACGGUAUAAGAAGCUGCCACUCUAUUUAGAGUGGGCCCCCAUGAACCUGUUCGAGAGGAAGGGAGACCAGGAUGGCGAUGGCAGCAGUAACAAGGGGGAGAUGAAGGAUGGAGAAGUACCCGCCAAAGAUGAAGUCAAAAAGUCUGAAAAGAAAGCGGCCCCCAAGGAGCAACAACACUAUAGCGAAAGCGAGUCUAGUGAUGAAGAAAUUACGCACGCCAGCAUCUACAUCAAGAAUCUGAACUUCAAUACCAAGGAAGAAGACCUAAAAAAGUUAUUCGAAAAAUUGGAAGGAUUUAUAACCUGCAAUAUUGUGAAGAGCAAGAAGGCCAUAUCGAACAAGAAUCACGAAAAGGGAAAAGCGCCAGAACAGAAAUUGAUGUCUCAAGGAUACGGUUUUGUUGAAUUUAAAAGCAAAGAGUUAGCUCUUGAGGCCAUCAAAAAGUUGACAGCAACAACUCUGGAUGGACAUGUACUGGAGCUGAGUCUUUCUCGUAACAGAGUUAAAAAAAAAAAAAAUAAAAAUAAUGAAGAAAAAGAGGUAGUUAAGGAAAAAAAAAAAAUUAGCAAAAAGUUGCUAGUAAAAAAUUUAGCCUUCCAAGUGACGAAAGAAGAAUUAAGGAAAUUAUUUUCUGCAUUUGGAAAUAUCAAAAGUGUCAGAAUACCUAAAAAUGCAUAUAACAGAAGUAGAGGUUAUGCAUUUGUUGAGUUUAUGUCAAAAAAUGAAUGCCUCACAGCGAUAGAAUCACUACAGCAUACCCAUUUGUAUGGAAGACAUCUUAUAAUCGAUUUUGCCGAUGAUUUUAUUUUUGAUAAAAAUGUGAACGAAUUUGACAAAUUAAAAGAAGAGGGGGUUAACAACAAUCAGGGGAGUAAGGAACAAAAGUGCAUCACGUCGGAACAAGCUAAGAGAAAAGCUACCUAUGAGAAGGAGAAAAGAAAACAAGUGACUGAAUCGAAAAAAAGGAAACUGAUGAAUAACAUGGAGAAUAUUUGA